AUGUCACUUCCUCCAUACGAGCCAUCGAAAGAUGAUCAAGCUUAUCCUGAUGAUAUCAAAAGUCCUACUGGUCCUGGCGAUGUCAAGGGUUCUGAUCUUCCGGCAUAUAAGCAUGAAGUUGGGUUUCUGGAAGGCUCUGACUUUAUUCAAAGGGAAUUUAUAUUUUGCAAUCUGCAAUGGUCCACUGACGUUCUUGUAUUUCCAUCUAGUGAUGCAGCUACCAAAUAUAAGUCAUUCAAGAAUGUUCCUGCAGAUUCUGAUAAUUUUAGAUAUGUUUUAGAUCUACAACAGAACGGAAUUGGAAUGCCUUUAAUGGAAGCGGUAUUUAGUUGGAUUCAUAGCUUUGGAAAUGGUAAAUUUGCUACUAUAUACAAAUGUCUUCCCCCACCACCAAACUCAGGUAGAAUAUUUGAUAAGAAACGUGAUAGGUAUAAAUUCUGUACGGUUCGUAAGAAGGCCGGCACUCAUUACUCACAAUACAUAUUUUCAAUUCUGCCCAAACCUGAUAAGCCGUCUGAGAUAAUUGAGUUUUCUAUUUUCUUCCAUAAUAAAUUGCCAAUUGCGGAUGUUACUAAAUAUGGAGGUAGUAAUAAGAGGUAUAGGUGGGUUCAUUCCGAGUACCAUCGGAUUUUGCUGAAUUUCACGUAUUCUUUAUAUUCUUUGGAUGAGAAUCAAACUUCCAUGAUUGACAAUAUGGAUGUUAGUAAGCAAAAGUUGGACAAUAAGAACCCAUUAGUGUAUAGCUCAGUUGGGGAUUUCUUUAAGUUCUCCUCCAAAAGGGUUAAAGAGGAUUAUUUAUCGCUGCUCAAAUUCGGCGAGUUAAUUCAUUUAAAAGAAAAAUAUAUGAUUUCUUCAUUUCAAGAAACGGCUAAGCUUUUGUUGCAUAUUGAAAGAAGUGAAGCACCCUUAGAUCUUGAAAGUGCUAAUUCUGUGAGUAUCCAUGAGUUAAUAAUAAUAUGUAUGUCUUAUGUUUUUAAAAGACGUGAAGAGAUCAGAAUGGAAAGAAGAAGAGCAUCAAGAAGACACGGUGGUGGUUAA